AUCCUUAAAAUUUUUAAUGUAUGAUUACCAUAUCAACUAAUUUAAUUGUAGGUGAUUCCAGUGGCAGUAAUUCAGUAACCAAAGUGACUCAUAUGCCUUUUAUUUCAGCUCCUUCACGUACAAUGCAACAAGAUAUAAUUUACGAACAAGAAAAUUUUAAUUUCAUCGGACAAGAAAAUAAUAAUAAUUGGUCAGAAAGAAUCCUACAAGAUGUAAUCGGGUUACUUCAUAUAUUAUCACCCACAGGAAAAGUCCUGUAUUGUUCAGAGAGUUGCAUCGAAUUAACAGGCUAUUUACCCUUCGAAUUAAUUGGAAAAUCGUUGACCGAUUUUAUUCAUACCGAUGACCUCGAUAUCUUUGCCAGAAACUUUCAGUUGGCCUUUUCAUCUCUCUCCAGAAUAAAGACGCAUUAUCGUAUUCGACGCAAAGACAAUACCUAUAUCCUACUCGAAUCCAUCGGUCAUCCAAAGCAAGAUGUGCCACAUCAACCUCCUCAAUCUUUUUUUGCCAUUGCUCAACCUUAUCUCUCCAGAAGCAAUGGUCUGAUGGAUUCUUUCUUGGAGCUCAAAAUGGAAAAUGAGUGGCUAAAAAAGCGCUUAAAUCAGUUAUUACAAGACACUCCGUUCCAGCCUCCCUAUCACCCACCACAGCCUUCACAGCAUCACCAGCCAUCACAGCAUCACCAACAACACAUACAACAACAACAACAGCAGCAGCAGCAGCAGCCUAUACAACAACAACAGCCAUACUUUUCAACUGCUGACCGUCGACCGUCAAACUGUAGUUCGACUCUAUUUGGAACAAAUAAUAGACCAGAUGACCACGCACCAACGUCCUCCCCAUGGAAAUCGGAACUGUAUUCUCCACCCAUACAAUCAAAUGGAGAAUUCAAUGAGAUGUUAUUACGCUAUAAUGAAGAUUAUACUUCCUCUAAUAAUUCCGUUACCACAAGUACAGACAAGUGGAAAAGAAGGAAGAAACAUAAAAGUAUGGAUGAUUACGUGUGCGCUGAUUGUGGAACAACAGCCUCACCCGAAUGGCGAAAAGGUCCACAUGGUCCAAAAACUUUAUGCAACGCGUGUGGUCUACGAUGGGCGAAAAAAAACAAAAAGAUUUAAAUCUGAACUGAAACAUCCCUCUACCCGUUUCGUACCUUUUUUUUUUUUAUAUAUAUAUAUAUUUUUUUUUUCUUUCUUUUUUUUGCAUGUAUAUCUUUUUCCGAGGUAAAACCACUUUUUUUUUUUUUUUUU